UCUCUGGUACUUUCCGGCUGCAUACUGCUUCUAGCUCGAACCUUGUAGCACAACGUCAAAAAGCCAAGAAAAGAGUUUUCAAGAAAUGGGUUUUUUAGACUACCUCUCAGAUAGGUUUGAAUGGCACAACACUUGGGGUGAGAGGAGAAAGCUCAAGAAACUGAAGAAAAGGCCCCUUCAGACGGUGGAUAUAAGAGUGAAGAUUGACUGUGAGGGGUGCGAAAGAAGAGUGAGGAAGUCGGUGGAACACAUGAGAGGGGUUUCAGAGGUGGAGGUUGAUCCGAAGAAGCACAGGUUGAGAGUAAUCGGGCAUGUGGAUCCGGAUAAGGUGUUGCGACGGGUGAGACAUCGAACCGGGAAGAAAGCUCAGUUCUGGCCUUACAUCCCCCAAGAGGUCGUCGAGCAUCCCUAUGCUCCUGGGGUUUAUGACAGAAAGGCUCCGGCUGGUUACGUCCGGAACGCGGUGGAUAAUCCUCAGAUUUCUAGCCUUGCUCGUGCCAGUUCCACUGAAGUCAAGUAUAUGACUGCGUUUAGUGAUGACAAUCCUAAUGCUUGUUCCGUAAUGUAAACUAAUUAAUAUCCAUCCAUCGCGUGUGUGUGUAUAUUUACAUGCAAUUGCAUGGGUUUUAAGAGUUCUAUCAUGUAUGUGUAUAUAAUAUAAAUGUUGGUGCUUAAGCAGUAAAGUAGGGGUACUAGCUAGCUAGGCAAAUAAGGUGGGCUGUGGAUGUUUGUCCCUACAUAUGUAUAUUUUGGGUAUGAAUAGUUCUUGUUGCAGAGACUAUAUUAAUAGUUCUUUCUUGUUGCUUCAGAAGUAGGCAUUUCCA